AGAAUAUGAUAUUUAAUUAAAAUACAAAAUAAUAAUAAUAAUAAUAAUAAUAAUAAAAAGAAACAAACAGUUGUUACAGGAAAAAAACAUUUGUCAAACAGAAAAUUGUAUAUCAGAUUGCUUCAUGCAUCGUUUACAUUUCAAGCUUUGUUUACUUUUUAUAAAUCUUGGAUUUUUAACUUUAUCAAGUGUUAACCAGAAUUUAAAUACUUCCCGAAACAAAAAUCCAAAUCUUCCAGAACAUUGUAGAAAUAAAAAGUACGCACAGAAUACCUGCUGGCGAGAUAACACUGAUGUUGAAAUUUUUCUUGCUGCCAGUUUAAACGAUAGAUUUUUAAAAAAUCCACCAUUAUGCACAACAACCGAUCCAGAAUUAUUUGAAGAUGCGGAUAAAAAAUCAUCUGAUAAGGAACCGUGUUAUAUACCAAGCUUAUUUAUUAAACAUCCGCUCAAAAAGUUUUUUGAGGUUCGCAAGAAAACUUUGAAUAAAAAAUUGGUUUCUAUUUGUAAGAAAAGACAAACAUUAUCAUGGAGAAAUCCAAUCGGAAUGCCUCCAGGAACAAUUAUUGCUUUUUGUAACUCUAUUGAUUGUUGCACUCCUAAAAAAACUCUAAAUCAAGCAAAAACGACUUAUAAUUUGUGCAGAGAGUGCGUCCACACUGUAACACUUCCGGGAAGUUAUUCGCCGCGUGUUCACAGCCAUGUCACGUGUCAAGACACAAAUUUCUACGAAACCUGCCUUAGCGGUGAAGGCACGUGUACAACCAAUCUUGGUAUUGACACAGUUACUUUUUUGAAUAAGUCAGUAAAGUUUGCGUUUGGUAAAUCGUGCUCAUGUGAAAUUCGAACUGAUUCCAUAUUCGCAGAUUUUGUCUAACAAAAAAUUUAAUUAUAAGUGAAUGUAUGUAUGUAUUUAUGUAUGUAUGUAUGUAUG